AUGGCCUCUCAAAUCAGCAUAGCUCAUUCUGUCUCCCAACCACCAACCACAAAUGUACCACCUGACCCCGUUGUCCCCUCCACACCCACGCCUUCUCCCUUAACCCCGAUCCAACACUCCACUCCUUCUUCCCCUUUACCAACAAUUCCUUCAGUAAACCAACCCAUUUCAGUAAAAUUAGAUGAACACAACUUUGUGGUUUGGCAAACCCGGAUGCUCAAUAUUAUUAUUACGAAUGUUCUGGAGGAUUUCAUCAAUGGCUCCCGUUCAUGUCCGGUCAUCAACGGCACUGAACCGACUGCUCCACUUACUCAAGAUUUUCAGACUUGGCAGAGAUACAAUCGUUUGGUUAUGAGCUGGAUUUAUGCUUCUACUAGUGAAUUCAUGUUGGGUCAGAUUGUGGGUUAUACCACAGCAUUCGAUACUUGGCAUGCCUUGGAGCAAAUCUAUGCAGCUGCUUCAUUCUCUCGCCUUUCGGAACUUCGUACUCUGCUGCAACAUAUGAAGAAGGAUGGACUCACGACCUUUACAUAUAUCCAGAAAUUUCGGGGUCUUUGCAAUACCCUUGCUGCCGCUGGAGAACCCGUUUCCUACACCAAUCAGCUGCUCUAUUUCUUGGAAGGUUUGGGUCGUGACUACAAUGCUUAUGUUACACCCAUUCAGGCACGAGCUGACAAACCCACCAUGGAGGAGGCCUAUAGCUUGCUUCUCAACUACGAUGCUCUGCUCAAUCGUCAAAACUCCAUUGAUACACUUAGCUCCCUUCAAGCUAACUUUGCUAAUUUUUCUCCUCACCGAUCUAAAUACAAACCCACUCUUCUAAACCAACAUCUGGUUCCUCCUCUCCAAAUCCCCAUCGACCCCCUCCAUUUUCCUCUCAUCCGCCUAGAUCAUCCCCUGCUUGGACCUCUACCCAGUCCCCUCAUCAUUCCUCAUCCCGAUCUCCAAAUCAAAAUCGCCCCAAGUGCCAAAUAUGUUUCAAAGUGGGCCAUACUGCAAAUGUUUGCUACCAUCGACAAAACAUGA